AUGAAUGAACUGAACUUGAAACUUCAGGGAAAGGAUAACUUCAUCUGUGAUCUCUACAGAAUCAUCAAAGGAUUUCGGAGAAAACUAUCAUUGUUUGAAGUACAAGUGGAAGGAGGAAACGUCUUUCAUUUUCAAUGUUUCAAAAAGUUUCGCGCUGGAAUCGCAGAUGUCAACCUCGGGUUUCGGAAGGAGAUUAUUCGUGACUUAAAUAAGCAUUUUAUUGAGAUAUUUUCAGUUCUCGACAUAAUUGAGAAUGACAUUCUUCUGUUCCAGAAUCCGUUUGAUUGUAACCUUGAUGACUUGCCAGUCGAACUUACAGUUAGGGCUCAUUGA